AUGGAAGAGAGUGAGAAAACGCCGCAAAUCGUGCAAGUUCUGGAAGCUUUGAAACAAGCGACACACGACAUCCAACGACACCACACCUCGGAUUCUCCGGCAGUGAAGGCGCUUCUGGAGCUGCAACCCAUUCUCUCCUCGUCGGACCCCAACCUCUGCGCGCUUUCCGAGCACCUUAAUCACCUCAAAACCCUCAUCCACUCUCUCAACAAUUCCAAGGGCCUCCGAUCCUUCCUCACGCGCCCCCUCUCCACGCACUCACUCUCCCGCCUCGCCGCCUCUAUCGAGUACGAAAUCCAAGGAUGGAUUGACCGCGAAACGCUCCUCGCCCUCUCUACUUCGCUACGAAACCCUAACGAGAAUAUUAACGAGUUGGUCGCGAUGUUGACUCAGUUCCGGGACCGAGUCUCCCAGGGGUUUAACCGCGAGUUGCAGGAUUUGGUUCUCAAGCUCAAGCUCUUCUCCUCGUUGGAAACGAUUCUCCUCGAUGAAAAGUGUGCUGACCGGGUUCGCGAGCAGGCAGGUUUGGCCGUUGCGGCGCUGAUCGGGUUCAACAAAGACGUGUUCGUGGGCCAAGUUCUGAUGGGCCCAACAGUGCGGGCUUUGGUGUCGAUGGGCUCUGUGCUCUCGCUGGAGGUGCUCUGCUCGCUGAUCAGGUCCAUUAGGUCCCCUCUGGUGGACGAGAUCGAAUCGAACGGCGAGAUUCCGAGGGUGAUGGCGCUGUUGAAUUCGGCGGAUCUGCAGCUGCAGGUGCUGGCGUUGAAGUGCGUGAUGGAGAUUGGGUACUUCGGGCGCAAGGAAGCGGUGGAGGCUAUGGUGAAGGAGGGUUUGUUGGAGAAGCUGGUAGAGUUGCAGAGGUCGGAGAACGGUGGUGAUUUGAUUGAGAUUGGGAAGGAAAGGGUUAGUGCGGUUUUGGAAAGACACCCUUUUGCAAGCUGCGUGGCGAGGUUUGCGGUGCAGUUGGAGGUUGGGGAAGGGUUGCGGCAGAGAGAGAAGAGGGCUUUCAAACCGGAGAUUCUAGUGCGAGUUAGAAAGGCCUCUGUUUCUGAUGCCGAAGCUGCCACCAUUGCUGCCGAGGUUUUGUGGGGUUCUUCGCCAUAG